CCAUAGUAGAAGUAGAAAUUACUGUUGUUUACAACAUGGCGACAGCACGGAUGAGACGUGCGAUGUUAUUACUUGAAGAGGAAGAAAUUGUAUGUUGUUUACUAUUGCUACGCAGCAGACGACGAAGGAGAUGGUCCACUCGUCCAUUAAACCAGAGUAGACGAGACGAAGGUGAAUAUAGUUCCCUUGUGAGACCCCUGCGUGGAAUCGACGAACAGUCACAUUUCAAGUACUUCCGCAUGUCUGCCAAUAGAUUUGACGACUUGUUGCAUCGUAUUCGACCACAUAUUAACCACGCAGCGACCCACAGUAGCCCUGUGAAACUGGAAGAAAGACUUGCUGUCACGCUUCGUGUGCUUGCAUCAGGAAACAGCCAGAAAAGCGUGGCACAGAGCUACAGGCUAGGAUCCACAACAGUCUCCCUCAUUGUCACUGAAGUCUGUGAGGCUCUUUGGUCGGCGUUGUGCAGUGAUUUUGUCUCAUUACCUGACAAAAACAAGUGGGCGGACAUCUCCCAGGAAUUCUGGCGUGUGUGGAAUUUCCCAAAUUGUUUGGGUUGCGUGGUUGGAAAACACGUGUUCAUAAAAGCACCACCAAACGCAGGGAGUGGUUUUUUCGACAACAAAGGAAGUCAUUCCCUCGUGCUCAUGGCUGUGUGUGAUGCUAACUACAGAUUUAGCAUGGUGGACAUAGGGGCAUAUGGGCGAGAGAGUGAUGGUGGAGUUUUUCAGGAGUGCAUGUUCGGGAGCAGCCUGCUCCAUGGAACCCUGGAGCUACCACCCCCGGCCAACCUGCCUGGUUCCACAACCACUGUUCCACACGUGUUCCUAGGGGAUGCGGCCUUCCCUCUCCACCAAAACCUGAUGCGGCCUUUUCCAGGAACAAACCUUGAUGACACACAGCGGAUUUACAACUACCGCCACUCACAUGCCAGGAGGGUGAUAGAGAACAGCUUUGGCAUCCUGGCAGCCCGAUGGCGGAUCCUGAGACGACCAAUCGACUUCCACCCUGAAAAAACUGUUAAAGUUGUGAAGGCCUGUGUGGCUUUACACAAUUACCUGAGCAGCACUGAUGAUGCCAACACCCCAGCCACCCGCUACAUCCCACCCAGGUUCUCUGACUCUUUCACAUCUGCAGGUGAUGUGGUGGAUGGGGAAUGGAGAACAGUAGUUGCCGGUGACAGCAACCUGUUGGAUGCUGGACAGCUCAGCAAGGCACAAGCAACUCGGGCUGCAAUUUCAGCCAGAAAUGACUUUAAGUCAUUCUUCCUGUCACCACAAGGACUUGUACCUUGGCAGGAAAGCGUGCUAAGGAGAGGUACACUGAAUUAAGCCUCUGUUCUGGUCUGAAUUGUGUGUUAACGGAUGGAAGGGCAUCUUUCAGUUCUGCAGACAGUUAAUUCAGCUCUCUAGGAAACAAGGAAUAGAGCUCAACUCAAUGCGUUAGAUCACACCAUUUAUUGUGUUCAAGGUUGGGUUCUUGUAAACUUAAAUGACAUGUAACUCAGUCUGAGUUAAUUCACAUGGAAAAAUAAAAAAUAAACCAUAAAAAAGA